UAUGGGUCCUAGGCUGAGUGUGCGUGUGUGCGGUACGCGCUCGAGCUAUUGAACAGUUUUUGCCAAAGGAGACACACCUCGACCCGAAGAAGUGAUCCGGAGACGCACUAAUGGUGCAAGAACCACUUUGUAAUCUUAAAUAAUAAACGAGCAGAGUUGAAAAAGUCGCGUCAGGUUCUACUUUGAGAUCCUGGGAGGAGUGUCAUGGCAGAACCGGACUACCUGGAGGGAGACUGUGAUGAGCUCAUCCAACCCAAAAAGCUGAUCAAUCCAGUCAAGGGCUCCCGGAACCACCAAGACUUACACAGAGAGCUUAUUAUGAACCAGAAGAGGGGCCUUGCUCCUCAGAACAAACCAGAGCUCCAGAAGGUUCUAGAGAAGAGAAAGAGGGAACAAGUUAUCAAGGCCCAAAAGGAGGAGCAGGAGGCUCACAAGAAAAGGAGUGACUUGGAAAUAGAGCUCAUGAAGAGACAACAGAAACUAGAACAGCUUGAAGUGGAGCAACAGAAAAUUCAGGAGGAACAAGAAAACACCCCCGAGUUUGUGAAGAUGAAGGGCAACCUGCGCCGGACCAAGCAGGAAGCGGACGGGGAGCAGGGAGCCACCUAAAAUCCAGCCGGGGCGGGAGGGGGGUCGGGUCUGGCUGACUGAGAUGCAAAGGAGUGUGUGUUGUGUCUGUGGUAACACGGUGGUGACCUGACCAAGAUGAACCUGUUGGAGUUCCCUUACCCAGCUGUUCCUUCCUGCAGCGAGGAGAGAGACUGCAUAGACAAAAGAUCCCUCCUCCGUCUCCCAGCAACGGACUGCCACCUAUCCAGGAGCACACAGCGUCCCCCACCCCCUGCACAGGAGGCACCUAACACAGACAUGUUACAUGCUUUUCAACACAGGCCAGCAAGCUUCCAGUGAGCUCUAGUGGAGGUUCUAAACCCAACCCAAUCUUGUUUUCGCUCUUUUUCUCCUCUGCGAGCUGUCGUUUCUAUUUACUGUAAUCAGUGUUGUCAUUGUUGUUUUUGUUCUCAAACUCACAAUCAUAGAAAAAUCAAAAAGUGGACACUGGAUGGACUCUUAAAGCUGUGUAAAUUAAAAGCCAAACAAAUGUGCUUUUUUCUUAUUUAUGUUAGUAGCUUUUAGCCCAGGUGUAGGGGAGGACACUUUUAGUCAUUCUGUGUUUUACUUUGUUUUACAGCAUAGCACAUAAAGCCAGAACAGGACAAAGGGAGUGUGUGGCUGUGUAAAAAUAUGCUUUAUUGUUUGUUUGGUUUUUUUUAUUCUGUACAUGAUUUUUUCCUCAGCUAAUGCAAUUUUAGGCAAUAGUAGAACUCCCAGGCAUGAGAGUGAUCUUUGUUCUUUAUAUAUUCUAUUGUUUUGUAUGAAAAAAAUCGGUUACUUAAUAAAUAAUUUACAUUUUA